AUGAUGUCAUCGGUUGCAACUGAACGCAGACUCCAGCAGGCUGUGAGCCUGCAGGGAGUUGACCCAGAAACAUGCAUGAUUGUAUUUAAAAACCACUGGGCUCAGGUUGUGAAGAUCUUAGAGAAGCACGACCCCUUGAAGAACACCCAGGCAAAAUACGGAUCCAUCCCUCCAGACGAGGCCAGUGCCGUGCAGAAUUAUGUAGAACACAUGCUCUUCUUGCUGAUUGAAGAACAAGCCAAGGAUGCCGCCAUGGGGCCGAUUCUGGAAUUCGUGGUCUCUGAGAACAUUAUGGAGAAACUCUUCCUUUGGAGCUUGAGGCGGGAGUUUACUGAUGACACUAAGGUGGAGCAGCUAAAGAUGUACGAGAUGCUGGUCACCCAGUCGCACCAGCCUCUGCUGCACCACAAGCCUAUUCUGAAGCCCCUGAUGAUGCUGCUGAGCUCUUGUUCAGGAACAGCCACCCCCGCCGUGGAGGGGAAACUGGUGGUCCUGCUCAACCAGCUCUGCUCCAUCCUUGCCAAAGAUCCGUCCAUCCUGGAACUCUUCUUCCACACGAGUGAGGACCAAGGGGCGGCCAACUUCCUCAUCUUCUCCCUCCUGAUUCCCUUUAUUCACCGAGAGGGCACUGUGGGCCAGCAGGCCCGGGACGCUCUGCUUUUCAUCAUGUCUCUCUCUGCCGAGAACAGCAUGGUGGCGCAUCACAUCGUGGAGAACACCUACUUUUGUCCUGUGCUUGCAACUGGGCUCAGUGGUCUCUACUCUUCCCUGCCUACAAAGCUGGAAGAGAAAGGCGAGGAGUGGCACUGCCUUCUGAAAGAUGACUGGCUCCUACUCCCUUCUCUCGUCCAGUUCAUGAACUCCCUGGAGUUUUGCAAUGCCGUCAUACAGGUGGCUCACCCUUUGAUUCGUAACCAGCUUGUAAAUUAUAUUUACAAUGGGUUCUUGGUACCAGUCUUGGCUCCUGCUCUCCACAAGGUGACUGUGGAGGAGGUCAUGACCACAACUGCCUACUUGGACCUUUUUCUGCGUAGCAUCUCCGAGCCAGCGCUACUUGAGAUCUUCCUCCGUUUCAUCCUGUUGCACCGGCACGAGAAUGUUCACAUCCUAGACACUCUCACCAGUCGAAUCAACACCCCAUUUCGGCUCUGUGUGGUGUCCCUGGCAUUAUUUAGGACUCUCAUCGGUUUACACUGUGAGGACGUGAUGCUACAACUCGUUUUGAGGUACCUGAUCCCUUGCAACCACAUGAUGCUGAGUCAGAGGUGGGCUGUGAAGGAGAGAGACUGCUACUCGGUGUCUGCGGCCAAGCUGCUCGCCCUGACCCCAGUCUGCUGCUCCAGCGGGAUCACCCUGACGCUUGGGAACCAAGAGAGGGAUUAUAUCCUCUGGUCAAAGUGUACGCACGAUAGUUCAGGGCCCCCGGAGCAGCCGCUCCCCGAGGCGUCCUCCCCGUCGGCCUGCAUCGUGGAGUACGGCAGGGCCCUGGACAUCAGCUACCUGCAGUACCUCUGGGAGGCCCACGCCAACAUCCUCCGCUGCAUGCGGGACUGCCGGGUCUGGUCCGCCCUCUACGACGGAGACUCCCCGGACCCGGACACCUUCCUGCAGAGCCUGGCGGAGGAGGGCGCCCCCAGCCCCGCCUGCCCCGCGCUCAGGCUCCGGCUCCCGCAGCAGCUCCCCGCGGCGCCGGGGCCCCAGCUGCUGCCCAGGAAGGACCGGGGCCCCACGGAGCUGGAGUGGGACGACAGCUACGACACCGGCAUCUCCUCGGGGGCCGAGCUGGAGAAUCCGGGCCCCCCGGCGCCCAUCGAUCCCCCCAAGCACAUCCAGGAGAUGAAGAAGAACGCCAUCCUGCGCUUCAAGGGGUCGUACAUCGAGGAGUCGGACUUUCAGGACGACGUGAUGGUGUACAGGCUGUGUGCGGAGAAGGACGCCGACGACACCGGACAGUCCCAGGAGGAGGAGCCUGCGCGGCCCCCGGCCCCGGGCCAGGCCGAGGGGCAGAGUCCCCCCACGGACAACGGCCCCCUGCCCGGCCCGCAGCCAGAGAUGGACCCCCUGGAGGAGCAGCACCGGGACAGCUCGGACCCGGUUCCCAGCGUGUCCGCGGAGCCACCCCCGGAGAAGGGGCCCCGGGUGGCCCCGGAAUCCUGCGCAGAGUCAGCACCCCCUGACUCCGGGGCAGAGCCCUGCGGUGCAGACCCCACGGCGGUGGACCCGGAGGGGGAAGAUUUCAUGGCCCGGUACGACCAGAUCAUUAAAGAACUGGACUCCGGCACCCAGGGCCUGAUGGGGCAGAACUUCUCUGCCCAGGGACCGGACCCCUUGCUCCUCCCAGAAGAGCAAGAGGGGAAGGAAGAGAGCACAGAGGAGCAGGAGCAGGAGCAGGAGGAGGGGAGGAAGGACCUGCAGGAAGAGGAGGAGGAGGAUGACUUCGACUCUCUGAUGGUGGAAGCUCCUGCCGAAGAGACCGCGCCAUCCCCCUUUGGGGUGAGAGAGGAGGCUGGCUGUGCCGGUCGCCGGCCCGUGAGGACUCAGAGCGCCCCGUUCACAGGCCCGUUCAUCAGUGUGGUCCUGUCGAAGCUGGAGAACAUGCUGGAGAACUCUUUGCACGUUAAUUUGCUGCUUAUCGGGAUCAUUACGCAGCUGGCCAGCUACCCGCAGCCACUGCUGCGCUCCUUCCUGCUCAACACCAACAUGGUCUUCCAGCCCAGCGUGCGAUCUCUCUACCAGGUGCUAGCAUCUGUGAAAAACAAGAUCGAACAGUUUGCUUCUAUGGAGAGAGACUUCCCAGGGCUCCUCAUACAAGCCCAGCAAUACCUGCUCUUCCGAGUGGACAUGUCCGACGUGACAGCUGAGUCACUACCCAAAGAUCCCCCUCAGGAUGCUUCCAGGACGGGAGCUGGCAGGAGCCUUCUGGAUGGUCCCCCACGAGUGCUCCAGCCCUUCCUGACCAGCAGAGCCACGGUGGCGGGGGUGCCGCCAAGCCUGCCCCUGCCGGUGAAGAACACCAUGCUGGCCGCGGCCCUGUUCCCUGAGUUCCUGAAGGAACUGGCUGCCUUGGCCCAGGAGCACUCCGUUCUCUGCUACAAGAUCCUGGGCGACUUUGAGGACUCCUAUUGUUAG